UUAAAACUGUAAUGUGACUUAACACCAGCAUUAUGGAAAUAAACCACUAAUACAUAAAACUCUUUCUAUGAGAGACAAGUUUUUGUAUUUCGACAAAUAAAACCUUUGAAAAGAUCAAAAUCCCAUUUUACCUACGUCUAUAUACACAAUGGAUUAUGGAUUAUACCGACUACCGUUAAAUACAGAAGGGAACGUGUCUCCCUAUAAUAGUGAAAUUAAGCUAUUGAUAGGCAGGAAAAACAAAUAAUAGACCUCACCAUGGUAAAGUUUGAUGAUUAUUGGCGAAUUAUUGAUAUCAUUAUUCAUUUUACUUCAGUCAUAAAAGAAAUUUAAUGAAAUUUGGUGGCUCAUUUGUAACAGGCAUUUUAAUACUGUACCUCCAAGGUGAACCAGGAUUAUUGAUUGACAGGGAAAAUGAUUUAAUACAGCUGUGGUUUUAAAGUACGAAGAUAAAUUACACAGUACAUGAUUGGAACAUUUUCUUCAAAACAAUGUCUGGUACAGGUGCUAUGGAUAACAAUAUGCUCACUAUUAGUGAACUCUUAGAGACUGGUUUCAUCAAAUGUUCAAUCUGCAAAUCAGUCUACCAAGAUCCUAGACUACUUCCCUGUCUUCACACUUUCUGUCAUAAAUGCAUACAAGGAAUCACUGAAAUUGAAAAGCCAUCUAAAUCUUCUAAGAACCAGACUGAAAGUCCUAACCAAUUACAGACUGUGAAUGGAAAUGAAGAAGAAAAUGAAACCAAUGAUGAGAAGAAAACUGGAAAGAAAAUGAAACUAGUCUGUCCAGUCUGUGUGUCUCCGAUUGAAGUUGGUAUAACAGAUAAGAAACCAAAUGAAUUUCCAUCAAAUACAUUUAUGAAAGAUCUAAGUGACAUGUUUGAUUAUAAACAUGAGAAAGAAAGGCAAUGUGAAUAUUGUAAAUUUGAUGGCAAGAUAACUUCAGCAAGUUCACUCUGCUUGGAUUGCCAUGACAACAUGUGUCAAGGUUGCACAGGAGCACAUUUCAGAACAAAGGUCACAAGAACUCACAAGGUCAUUCCUUACUCUCAAGUGCAGAAAGGUCUUUAUGACACUGACAUUCGGGAAUACCAGACACCUACAUGUACAAAGCAUGCAGAUGAGCCACUGAACAUAUUCUGUGAGAAAUGUGAACUACUGAUAUGUAAAGAAUGCAAAGUUGGUAACCAUGACGACCACAAAUGGUCAAGUGCAGAUAAAGCAGUCCUGAAGUAUGAGGUCCAGAUGAUAAACUUACUAAAAGGUAUCCAGCAGCAAAUUCCAUCCAUUCAUAAAUACGUACAGUUUCUGUCUAACUAUGAAAAAUCUAUCGAAGGAGGUAGAGAGAAACUCACAAACAGCAUCAAGAAACAGGCAGAUGAGUUACACAGAAUGAUAGAUGAACAAAAGGCCAGCAGCCUGGAGGCUGUGAACAAUGCCUGUGAUACAGAGAGAUGCGAAAUCCAGGUGAGGAGUUCGAAUCUCCAAACGGCCGCAACCUCCCUGGAAAACAAUGAAGAGUAUCUGAGACAGCUGUUGAAACACGGCAAGCCAGAGGAGGUGUUAACACUACAUAGGGAGAUCACACAGCGGCUAACACAGCUUACACAUAUGCAAAUGGAUGGUAUAACAGCAAGACUGAAGACUGAUUUUAUUCCUGGAAGCUCAACACUGAGGAACAUACAAACUGUAUUUGGGAAACUUUCUAUUGAUCAUGUUCCUCUAAAACAUUCUGAGAGUGGUUUGGCUUCUGGCAGUGCUCUUCAAAUCUCCAACAUGUUACCUAACGUACGGAACACACCAGAACUGAUUCUAGAAUUUAAUGGUGAAGGUAUGUCUGACACUAAAGAAGUAUGGCCAACUGGUGUCGCAGUUACAAAAGAUGAUGAACUUGUUAUAGUUGACAGAGAUAAUAAGAAAGUCAAAAUUUAUGAAAGAAAUGGAAAGUUAAAACAGGAAAUUCAUGGCAAAGGGGAGAAUAAGCUUGAAACUCCAUUUGAUGUUACGGUUCUGAAAUCUGGGGAUUUAGCAGUCUCUGACCAUGAAGCUGAAAAUGUGAAGCUAUUCACUUCUACUGGGGAGCAUACAUUAACAAUCACAGAUGGAAUAAAAUAUCCAAGGGGAAUAACUACCAACACAAAGGGAGAAGUUAUUAUUCUAGAUUGUCAAUUACAACAAGUAACAGUUCAUGACCCAAAAAGUGGGGCAUUAAUCAAAACAAUUGAAGGCAAGGACACCAAAGGAAUUAAGGUCCUAGUUGACCCUUAUUACAUCACUGUGACCCCACAAGAUAACAUUAUAGUAACUGACACCGCAUCACCAAAUAUAAAAGUCUUCAGCCCUGACGGGAAAUACCUCGCAAACUAUGGCCACUAUGGUAUGAGAAAUGACGAAGUUCUUCAGCCUUAUGGUGUUUGCUGCGAUCACUAUGGUUACAUAUUUGUAGCUGACAACCAAAAUCACAGGAUACACCUGCUACUGCCUGAUGGAAAACUUUCAAAAUUUCUCCUGACAAAGACAGAGUCACUAUGGCAUCCGAUGGGUCUAGCUCUUACAGAAAAUGGUAACCUUGUGGUAACUGAGGCUUUAGGAAAAGUGAAGAUAUACAAAUAUAUAUGAUCAUGAAUAAAACUGUUAAGGAUGUUAUAUAGGGAUAGACUUAUGCAAAACAGAUUUACUAUAACACUGUGAUAUCAUUAAUAUCUGUGGGGGACUAUUUUUAGUGGAUUUCAUCACUGUGUAUCUAUGAAAUUAAAUCCCAGCAAGCAAACAUAAAUCCAAACAACAAUUCUAACUAUAGAUCUUUACAAUCUGAAAUUUACAAAUUCAAGUCCCUAUUUAAUAGCCAUUUUUGACAAAUGUACAAAAUUUUAUGACAAAGUGUGUUAUUUCAACAAAGUAGGAGGCUUACACUUACAGCAAGUUAUUUUUUUAACCUGAAGAAGGCUUUCUAAAACAUAUAUUUCAUGGAAAAACACUUUUCCUUAUACAGUCGAACAUCUUUCCCUUUAACUUGACCAGACAAGAAAAAUAUGUUUAACAUUAGUUUAAGCCAUCGAAAAAAAACCCAUAAUAUAGGGAAUUCGCAGGAACCUGACAAAGAAUACUGUAAAAUCAUUUCUUUUCACUGGCAUGAAAUUUCAUGGCUCUGGUUGAAAUGACUAUCAUACUGGUCUUUAAAUUCUUUGAUUUAAACUUGUGAACAUAACAUGAAUAGGAAUGUUGUUAUUCACUGGGAUUUAACCCCAUGGAUUGACAUAACUAAAUAAUCCACACAAAAAAUAGUCCCACACAAAUUUCAAUAAUUUCACUGUUUUGCACUAGAAUAUGUGAUAAUAAUAUUUCUUUUACAAACUUUUCCACCUAUGUUCUUAACACCACCAAAAAUCAGUUGUGAAAUAGGAAAUAUUUUAGCCAGUUUUUUUUUGGUGAUAAUCAAGACUGGAUUUUGAGAUUAAAUAAGCCACAAAAAGAAGCACUUCUCGGAAGACUGUCAGGAUUAAUAAUACAGCUGAACCUGUUAACAGAGGCCACAUGUAUUAAACAGCAACAUGUCUUAAGCAGACAAUCAGCUACUAGCAACUUCCCAAGACUUUUUGUUCUGUUUUCAUCUUGUCAAAAAACAUCUGCCUUUUACCUGUUUACCUCCCUUGGUUGGCUUUUAAAUACAGGCUUGAAUAUAUAUGCAGUAGGAGUACAACAACAGCUGUCUAAUGACAGCGCGCUUGACUAUUCGAAGAAUUGAUUGAAUAACGGGGUCAAAAUAUUAACAUAGAUAUUCAGACAAAAGAAAAAAAUAGACAAUGUUCCAGUAUUUGUGGAUUUUGAUAAGUCUUGCACUAAAUGGCAAUGUGUGAACCAAUUUCAAAGUCCAAAAAGGGCCAUAAUUCAGCCAAAAUAGUUGUCAGAGUUAUGUACCCUUGCCUACAGAAGGAAAUCAUAAUGAUAAACAAGUGUUCAAAGUUUAAAAGCUAUAUGUCAAAUAGUUUUGACAAAACAUAGACUUGUAUGAAAACAGAACAGAUUUCCAAGUCCAAAAAGGGCUGUUAUUCAGCCAAAAUAGAUGAUAGAGUUAUGUACUCUUUCCUACAGAUAUACACUAUUAUACUGAAUAAGUGAUAAAAGUUUCAAAGCCAUAUGUCAAACACUUUACACAAAAUAUGAACUGGUACGAAAAACUUAUUUUAAUACAAGAUUUCUAAGUAGAAAGGGGCCAUAAUUCAGCCAAAAUUCUUGAUGGAGUUAUGUACAUUUGCCUAUAACUGGUCAUGGUGAUAGUAAACAAGUGUUGAAAGUUUCAAAGCUUUAUCUCAAAAGACUUUGCCAAAAUAUGAACUGGUACGAAAAACUUAACCAAGAUUUCUAAGUCAAAAAGGGCAAUAAUUCAGCCAAAAUUCUUGAUGGAGUUAUGUGCUCUUGCCUAUAACUUGAUAUGGUGAUGGUAAACAAGUGUUGAAAGUUUCAAAGCUUUAUCUCAAAAGACUUUGUCAAAAUAUGAACUGGUAUGAAAAACUUAACCAAGAUUUCAAAGUCAAAAGGGGCCAUAAUUCAGCCAAAAUCCUUGAUGGAGUUAUGUACUCUUGCCUAUAACUAGACACGGUGAUGCUAAAUAAGUGUUGAAAGUUUCAAAGCUUUAUCUCAAAAGACUUUGUCAAAAAGUGGACUGGUACGAAAAACUUAACCAAGGUGUGAUGCCGACGCUGACGCCGUGGUGAGUAGGAUAGCUCUACUUAUUCUUCGAAUUGUCGAGCUAAAAAUCAUGGGUCUUUAUUUUAAAGAAAUUUAGGCAAACUGUCUAAAGCAGCUAAUGGCAGAAUUGCAAUAAUGAAACUAACAUAUUAAUGUCACUGGUUACUUUUUCUCUGAACUUUCAUCAUGCCACACAUGACAUCAAUCGGUAUAUUUUUCCUAGGAAAUGCAUUUAUUGUGUAGAUUAAAAAUAAAAUACUUCAUAAAG